AUGGCUCGGUACGACUACUGGCCCCGGUAUGGCCUCGAGAAUUACAGCUUCGUGUUGCCGCUCGAGGAUUCGUUCGACUCGAUCCACUCCACACUAUGGAUGCAAAAUAAUUGGAAGCAUGCGGCCACGUUUUCUGCCGUAUAUGUGAUGGCAAUUUUUGGGGGUAGAAAGUUAAUGGAAUCCCGAAAGCCAUACGCGUUGGACUGGCCGCUGGUGGCGUGGAACGCGUUGUUGGCCAUCUUCUCCAUAAUCGGCUUCCUCAGAAUGACCCCUGAGUGGAUAUGGUCAUGGAACGACAAUUCCUUCGAGUACAGCAUCUGCGUCGCCUCGUACGCGCAGGGCGUGACCGGGUUCUGGACCGAGAAGUUUGCUCACAGCAAGGUUGCUGAACUCUUCGACACGGCCUUCAUCGUGUUGCGGAAAAAGCCGCUGCUGUUCCUUCACUGGUAUCAUCAUAUUACGGUUCUCGCGUAUACGUGGCAUGCCUACAAGGAUCACACGGCUUCUGGCCGCUGGUUCAUCUGGAUGAACUACGGGGUGCACGCGUUUAUGUAUUCCUACUACGCGCUCCGCGCUGCACGUAUCCGGACCCCCAAAAUUGCCGCGAUGACCAUCACCUGCCUUCAAAUUCUGCAGAUGGUCAUGGGUGUCUACAUUGGCAUCCGUGUAUACUCGAUCAAGACGGCCAGCCGUGACUGCCAACAAACAUGGGAAAACAUCGGGUUCUGCUUCGGCAUCUACUUCUCGUACUUCUUGCUCUUCUGCAACUUCUUCUACCACACCUACCUGAAGAAGGACAACCGAUACGCUCGGCUCGGCAAGGGCCAGGAGACCGCCGACAAAAAGCAAAUCGAGGAGGACACUACGAAACACGCCAAUGGACACGCCAAUGGGAAGAGCAAUGGCGUGCACAAAGAAACGCCUACUACCCCCACCGACGAGUCGAAGCGGGUCACCCGGCGCCGGGUCCAGAAAGCGGAU